GUGACGGAAUUUCGAAAAGAAUCUAUUCGAAUCGCACUCGAGAAUCAAUCGAAACGCCUGGCGUUAAUGGUUUACCAAUUGGCCAGGGCGACAGCUGUUCGGCCAGCGGAAAUUGAAAUUGGAAAAAUUGAAUGGAGCAUUGAAAGAAGCAGAAGCAGGAGGCGGAGCACAAUCCACAGGAUACAGGAGCUUUGGACCAAAGGAUAGUCGGCGGCAGAGCGUGAAAUUAGCUUAAGUGCUUGUCGCCUCGACCAGGACACACCAGUGGAUACAAUUCGAAGGCCGAUUCCAGUCGAAGCGUCUCAACAACUGGGAAUAUCCGCGAUUCUCACCACCCCGCCCACGUGGUCUGCAGAAGAACGCCAAGGUUGUGGCGGCCAAUAACGGUCACCUGCUGCCCGAAGUGAUAAAGGAGGGCAACUCAUUUGGCCAAUAUCGUGGAACCUACGAGCUACCGCGUCGAAUAACCCGUGCCUUUUGCGCCCACUACGAUGCCUGUCUGAGUGGGCGGUACAAGUUUGUUGACUUUCCGCGUGACCUGUGCAAUUGUCAGCGAGAGAACCGCAGGGCACUGGCCUGCGAUCAGCGGUUGACCUUGGGCCACAAGGACGAUCCCUACUGGAUGCGCGAACGGUGCCAGACGAAGUGCGAGGGACUACAGAAGCUGAGGGCGUUGAGCGAGCGGAGUGCGCGCUGCAAUCGGGCCAAGUGCGACGUGGUGCUCUCCCGGAACUGAGCUACACGCCGGGCGACCUAACAGAGCCGCAGUUCCGGCUGCCCUCGCACCAGGAGCUCCUCGACCAGAAACGCAACAGCACGGACAGCGUGCCACUUGGUCGUCUCACCUUGGACACGCGCGACACGCAGCCCAUCAAGUACAGGGAGCAGCUGGGCUCGGCGGCCGGUCGUCAAUUUCCGGCAUUGGCAGCGGCCCAAAAUCGCUAUACGGAUCACUUGGAGCGCAGCAGCGAGUUGAGCUUUGCGUGCCUGGAGCCGGGCAAGGAUCUAAUCUCAUUGCCGACGGUGGGUAUACGAAGCUUUGAUCUCGAUCCCGUAUCCGUAUCCGAACCCGAUUUGAUCAAGAAGAUGCCGCUGCACUCGAUCACGGAGAAGCCCAACGAGCGGUGUCCAUCGCCAGUGGUGCCGGCAUAUGCCAAUUUCGAGCUGGCCAAACGGAUGCACCAGGACAAUUUGGACCACCAGCCGCUGCCCGAUUGCGUCGCCGAUUUGGCAUUCCGGCGAGCGCAAAUAUCCGGCGGACAUGCUGGCCUGGCCCUGGAAAUCGAUCCCAUUGCCACGGGCGUGGGUGUGAAAACGCACAAUGCUGGUCCGACGCACUGCACCAAGAUGAAGGUCUUUCGUCCGAAGACCGGCGGUGGCAUCGUGCCACGUGCCCUCGGCAAUGGCGAUGCCUUUCGAGGUGUUGGCUCCGCUCCGGCCAAAAAGAUGGGACCCAUGGAUUUGGCCAUUUGUUGGGACUUCAAGCCGGCGAAUCCAUCGGAUGAGCCGCGCCUGGCCAGGCACAUAGAUGGCUCCAAUGACUCCGCUGGACCGGCUGUCUUCACCUGCGUGAAAACGCCUCGCGAGGAACAGUCCUCGGACUUGGGCCGAUCGGCUGGCGUCUUCACCAGCACGCUUGGUGAGGCCGAUUUCUUCGACAAGGACAUCCUGAGGAAGCGAACGGAUUUUGGCGGUGCCCGUGUGGAUCGCGAGGAUCCGUGCGCCUGCGACUACUCGCCACCGGCCAGACAAAGAGCACGCAGUGUCUCCCGCGAUUCCAGUGCAUCGCAUUGCAGGCGAGGAUCGGGCAUCGGCGGUCCAACUGGCGGUGUGAGUUUCGGCAAUUUGGCGGAGCUACCCGGUCGCGGGAUGCCCGAUCGUCUAGCCAAGCAGUAUCAAUCGUCACCCCUGCUGGGCGACAAAGCCUACCAGGCUUUGAGGGAGAAAUAUUUGGGUCCGGACUCUGGACAGGAUUGCAGGGCCAUGGAUUGCCGGCCAACGGGUGGUCCACCAUGCAAGCGAGACGUUCUCCUCCGGCGUCCAGCUCGACGUCUCUGCCACAAGGUGGCUCCAGCUCCCAGAUGCUGUCCCCCAUCGUUCGGCGGACAUGGUCAUCACCAUGGACAUGGACACGGACACGGACAUUGCUUGACCAGUAAGGCGGCAUUUCGCGCCGGAGUGCCCAAGCAUAAUGCCUCCGGUGAUUUCGUGGGAAUAGAACCGGGCUGCGGAGGAGGUGGCGGUGGCGGUGGUAGGGUUCUGGUGGUGCCACGCCCCCGGCAGCCGUAUGCCAAAAAGAAUUACGACAUCGAAACCCUGGUGCCGCCCUUCCAAAGCCAAGCGGGCGGAGCGGGUCAGGGCGGCUAUCCAGAGCACUGGCGAUUGGCCAGUGUCUAUCAGCACGCCUACAAGCCCAUCGACCAGCGGCGGCGACCCCUUCUCCAAACUGUCUACAAGUAGGUGUGCUCCAGGAUGGCAGUCCGCUCAAGAGAGAAAUGUCCGGACAAACGGGAUAAUGAAUAAUUG